AUGGCCAUAAAUUCAGUCGAGGAUGAAACCUGGAGCUGCGUUUAUGAUCAUAGCAGCUUAUGGGAACGAUUUCUGGCUACCUGUUCUGAUGAAGAAAAAUCUUUUGCGAGUUUUUCUCCAAAGCAGAUAAUGGAAACCUUUCAUCAAUGGUUGGAAGAGUUGGCAUCAGAAACGAAACACAAGAUCAGAAAACAAGCAGUUGAUCAUGGAUUUAUAGCUACCUUGUGGAAUCUUGCUGGCAAGGUAAUUUUUAUCCUUGAUGGACCAGAGGUGUCGAUAUUGGGUAUUGGGGAUAAGGGUAUUCAGGAUGGAGAUGUCGUUUCUUCCGUCCAAAAUGGCUCGAGCUAUUGUUUUGAGGGGAUAACACGCCACACAAGGUAUCAGAGCUCUACGAAGCGCCCUUCACCGAGGGAUUGGAAUCAGCUUCGUUAUCCAGUGGAUGAUAACUUAGAGAGGGUUUCGAAUAGUGGCAACAAUGACUAA